UUCGCUCUCCUCACAUCCUCUCUCUCUACAUCUCUCUCUCUCUCUCUCUCUCUCUCUCUCUCUCUCUAACGCACAGAGGACUCUCGCGUUUGUUCUUUCUUGGAGCAUUCUUCGCGCACGGCUUUCAAUGGAGACCCCUUCGUCGAACAGGAGAGUCACGAGGUCUCAGACCGCCGCUAGCAACAGCAAGAACCUUCCGACCUCGAGGAAGUUGGAAGAUUCUGAUUUGAGGCAGAGGACUAAUGGGAAGCAGCAGCAGCAGCAGCAAGAAAGGUCUGCGCUCAUUGACAUAACCAAUGAUUCUCCGAUCAUUGGGAUUGCGGCUGGGAACAGCUUGCGGACCCCGUCCUCAUCGAUUGCGAAUAAGAGGUGUAACAGAGCCAAGAGCACUCCUGGGUCCGGGGAGGCGCUGUUGAGGGGUCAAGUUAAAAUUCUACUGCAGAAAGUAGAGGAGGAGGCCGUGCUUUCGAGGGUUUCUAUGGAGAACAGGCCUUUGCUUCGCCUUCAAGGCUUGGUUAACUCUCCAAUGGGGCUUCUUGCCCCAACUCCGGCCAACACGCCGCAGGUGCUGAGUCUAUCAGAUGAUGGAAGCAUGAACAAUGGCUUGGUUUCUUCUACUGCAUUAGUCAAUGGUGAAGAGCAACUAAUUUCUCAGCAGGUGAUAAGUGACAUCUUCGAUGAAAAGGAGCAAGAGAGUCUUGAGUCACAAAAGAGCAUCAUAACUCGGUCUCUGCUGUCGGAUUUCUCCGAGAAAUCCGAACUCUCUGACUCAUCCGAAUGCUCAUCCGCGCUCACCUGCCUGGGAGGACCAGAGGGAGAGAGUGGAUCCAAAGAGAAGUCAUCGACCACAGAUGAUGACAAUGCCUCUGUCUGGUCCAUUCAGGUCAAUGCAAGUGCCCAUGGUGAGGAUGAUGAUGAGGAGGAUGCAUUCGUCGAAGAAGAAGAAGAGGUCAAGGAGGAGGAGGAAGAUGAAUACGAAGAAGUGGAUGGAUCUCUAGUGGAAGAACUGUGUCAAGGAAUGAGCACGAUGUGGGUGAACAGCGAGAAGAAGAUGCUCCACUUUGCUGGAAGCCACACCAGGUUUGUUUACAACAGCGACGAUGAAAUCGUCGGAGAAGAAGAAGAGGGAAACGGCGGAAAGGGCAAUGUUUCGCCGGGUGUCGUGCGGUUGAAGGGACUGCCUACACCAAGAGGAAAGCACAUGCGGUUUGCUGAGGAAGGAAAUGCAGAUUUGAUGUGAGUGGUGAUUGAUGACACAGACACACACACCCUCCUUUUUGCUGUUUACUGGUUUUCUUUUUCUUGGGGGAAGAAUGGUUUGGAUGCUGUUACUGGUGAUUUCAUCAAGUAGAUGAAAAGUGUGAGGAAUAUGUGUGAAGAAUGUCCAGAAACUAUUGUUUCUUCUAAUAAUCAAUUGAAAUUUUGCUAUUAAUCCA